AUGAAAAGCAUAACUGACUUCACGAGUAGAGUAUUCACUAUCUCGUCCAUGGCUUCUGGAGCAGUUUUCAAUUUGUCUGAUUCUAGUCUUCUCAAAAUCCAUAAAGGUGACAUCACCGAGUGGUACGUGGAUGCGAGAACCGAUGCUAUUGUCAAUUCAGCAGAUAACCGAAUGAUAGGUGGUGGUGGCGGCGUCGAUGGAGCAAUACAUAGAGUUGCUGGGCGACACCUGAGAACAAUGUGCUGUGGCGUCCCUCAAGUUAGUCCUGGAGUGCGUUGUCCAACCGGUGAAGCAAGAAUCACUGUGGGUUUCAAUUUGUAUGCAUCUCAUGUGAUUCACACUGUUGGACCCGUCUAUGAAUCAGACGUCAACCUAAAGAAUCGCUCACCAGUUCUUACAAGUAAACAAAAUAGUCUUAUAGUGGCGAAGGAAAACAACAUCAAAUACAUUGCAUUUCCUGCCAUCUCUUGUGGGAAUUCUCGGUACUGUUGUCACCACAACCAGAAACUUAAGUCAUAUCCUAAAGAUGAAGCUGCUAUGAUCGCUAUAUCUGUUAAGGUUUUGAUCUCAACUCCUAUUGCUCAACUGAUCUAG